GUAACAUUUUUAGUUUUUUUUCUGACUUACCCCAUUCAACUUAUUUGUGUUAUACAAAAUAAAAUUCGUAAUGCCAAGUGAAUACACAUUCCAAAAAUGGAAGAAUACUCUGCAAAAUUUAGAAGAGUUAGUCAAGCUAGACACUGAGUACCAGACGAACAAGAUCCAUGAUGCAGAUUGGUGCGAUGCAGUUAUCCGUUUGUCCAGCGUCCUCGCCAGUUAUAUAUUCUGCUACAACAACGCAAUCAUUUGCUACAAACAGAAUCUUCAAGUUCAAAAAACUUCGGAUAUUCUCGCAGUCUUGAAAGGUAUAUUAGCACGCAUUCACGAACUAAGACACCAAGUACGUCGUCUUGAAGGUGACUAUUAUCCAUACAUAAGUGGAGGGUUAAUCCAAAACAAAUUAACAUUUGACGAUGUCGAAAUGAGAGACAUACUAAUAAACAACAAACGGCCGGCAGUAAUACGCCAAAUGAUUGAAGAAGCUUUUGACAAAUCUAAAAAGCUUCAAGAAGGAUCUCUUACAGGUAAUAUAGAGGAGAACUCUAAACAUCCAUCGGCAAAUAUGGAUGUAAAUUGGUGGGAUGAAAUGGAUUCGAAAGAGGAAAAGAAAACAAAAAAGGGGAUAAAUAUCACAGCAAUAUAUAAAGUACAGGUGAAAAUAUCAGAAGAGACUUUAAAACGGAGAAGCUUAUUAGCACUUAUAGAAGCUCACGAGAAGACAAGGCAAGUAACGCUGUCAAAUAACUUGAAAAGAUUAAGCAGAAUUAGAUGGGAAAAAGAACUACGAGGAACUUUAAGAACCACAGCGCUUUUAUACCUCAGAGAAAGGAGUGCCGAUAUUGUUCAAAAGUUAUUUAGAGCAUACUUUAAAGUCAAACGUCAAAGGAUCAGCAGAUUACAGCGCGAUGAGCUAUUGGGAUUAAUGUUUUGUUGUAAAACAAACUUUGAUGAAACAAAACGCAAUGAAUCGACGAAAUAUCCUGAAAUAUCAUCUCUAUUAUCGAAAAAUAUACACGAGUGGCAGACAAACUAUCUCAGGUUGAAAAACGAUUUUUUGAAAAGAAGAGGCGAUGAUAUUGCGGAAGAUAUUCAAGAUUUUGUAAGAUAUUGGUUUAAAACAUGGUAUAAUGAAGCAAAGUUUUUCCAUGAUAUACCAAAGGAAAAGCAAGGUGGCCUAGCAAAGAUUUUAGAAGAUGAAAUUCCUACACCAUUGGAAUGGUUGGAACUGUAUAAGAUAUACUUGGAAGAACAAAGAUUGAAGAAAAGUAAAACAGCUAUGGAGAUGAAAUUCGAGAAAAUGGAAGCAAAACGGGAAAAACAUCAAUUAAAAUUGGCAGAAAAGAGAAAGAAAAAAAUUGAAGCAGAUCUAGUAAAGAAAAUGAUGAAAAAUCCUAAUCUGAAUCCAGGUUACAGUUACCCGAUGUCCACAAAAAUUAUGGAUAUUACACAGGCAAUCAGAAAAUAUAAAGAAACAUGGCUUGAGCUUGAUCUGCUAAAUAUAAACGACGUUAAAGAAAAGUUUGUACGAUCAAUUGAUGUAGAAAAUAUGUGCGCGGAAGCAAAAAAGGAAAUUUGCACUAAAGUCGAGGAAAGCAUGAGGGCGGAGUUAAAGUUAUUGAGGAUAUCACUAAAAAAAGACUAUGAUCUUGAGAAUGCACAAAUGCCCGAAAAUUUUAAGGAAAAAAAUAAAUAUAAAAAGAAAAAACGGAAACCUAGAAAUCAAGCAAGCCUUAACCUUGAUGAUAUAAAAGAAAAAAUGGAAGGUUUAAUUUCAAAUGGAUUCGUUCGUGAAUACCCGAAAACAAGCUUACAAGACUUUUUAGGUGAUCCACAGUUUGCUGGCGAUGACCUGAAGUAUUUAUAUAAAUCUGUCCAUCCUUCGGGUUGGGAGAUUCGUUCAGUUUGGUGGGAGAAGUGCGAGGAACUAACGCAUGGCUUUAGAAGAAUAUUGUUAGUUGGUGGGAACAAAUGCGGAAAGACUACUCUAGUUCGGGCGAUGGCUACAUUAAAUGAUGCCCUGCUCUAUCAAAUAGAUCCAGCCAAUCUCGACGACUCUAAGGAUUAUCUACAAGACCUGGCAUCUGACAUAGUCACCUGCGCCAAAGCGACACAACCUUCCAUCAUUUAUUUUCGCAACGUACAUCAGUUGUAUUAUAAAAAGGUUCCACCAAAUAUUGUCAUAAAUGCGGAUAUAAUUAAAAAAACUUUAGUAAAGAAGAUAAUAAAAAAAAUUAGUAAAACUGAUAACGUUACAAUAAUUGGAACUUGUAUCGACCCAUGGCUUACGAAAGGCAAUACCAUUUUAAAACAUUUUCAAUCUGUCAUUAUGCUGCCACAGACAACGUAUUCAACCGCUCAAAUGAUCCUAAGGAACUGGGUUAACAGACAUCGGAUAGUGCCAUGUGAUUUGGAGAUACAAACCCUAGCUCGGUCUCUUAGAGAUUUCUCAUAUGGCUUCAUAUUGGAUACCUUGGAAUCAUUUUUAACAUCUGAUCGGAUUAUACACAUAGCAUCUCAAGGUCUAAGAUCGCAGGAUAUCCAUGAAUACUUCUUACAAAAUGGGACACAACCAAAAACUGAUCACGAUAAAUACAAAAAAUGGUUUACGGACAAAACUCACUGGGGCAAAUUUGAAAGGAAGGCUCUGGAAGAACGACUUCAAUUCAGAGAAGCUGUCCUUAGAUGGAAGGAGAAGGAACAGAAGAAAAAGAAAAAAAUGACGCAUUAAAGUUUUAAGUCAAGUCGCAAAAUUCCUACAUUGGCCUUAUAAACAAAUUAAGUACUGACCUAUUUCUGACGAAU